UGAUGAUAUCAAUCAUUCAUGCUACAUAGAGACUCCCUUGAGAGCAACAAGAGAACAGUGAGACCGAAGAGAGUGAUCCACGCUGAACUUCAGAAAUGGAGAUUGGGUUUCUGGGUUUGGGGAUAAUGGGCAAGGCCAUGUCAAUCAACCUUCUAAAACAUGGCUUCAAAGUCACUGUCUGGAACAGAACCCUCUCCAAGUGUGAUGAACUUCUUGAGCAUGGUGCUUCUGUUGGAGAAACACCUGCAGCUGUAGUCAAGAAAUGCAAGUAUACAAUUGCAAUGUUAUCUGAUCCUUCUGCGGCUUUGUCGGUUGUGUUUGAUAAGGAUGGUGUUCUUGAGGAAAUUAAGGGAAAGGGUUACAUUGAUAUGUCGACCGUUGAUGCCGAGACUUCCAUCAAGAUAUCGGAGGCAAUCAAAGCAAAAGGUGGAGAUUUCCUUGAAGCUCCUGUUUCGGGUAGCAAGAAGCCUGCAGAAGAUGGCCAACUAGUAAUACUUGCUGCUGGCCACAAGGCAUUAUAUGAGGAAGCACUUCCAGCAUUUGAUGUACUCGGAAAGAAAUCUUUCUUUCUCGGUGAGAUUGGAGAUGGUGCAAAAAUGAAACUUGUUGUCAACAUGGUAAUGGGAAGUAUGAUGAAUGCUUUCUCUGAGGGACUAACACUUGCUGAAAAAAGUGGCUUGAACCCUAGUACACUUCUUGAUGUGCUGGAUCUUGGUGCUAUAAGUAACGGCAUGUUUAAACUGAAAGGACCUUCAAUGCUCAAGAACAGUUACGCCCCGGCUUUUCCACUGAAACAUCAGCAGAAGGACAUGAGGUUGGCUCUUGCCCUUGGAGAUGAAAAUGUUGUACCAAUGCCUGUCGCAGCGGCAGCAAAUGAGGCAUUCAAGAAAGCCAGAAGCAUGGGAUUAGGAGACCUUGAUUUUUCAGCUGUCCACGAGACUUUGAAAUGAAAGCUCUUGAACAUUCAUCGUCUACAUGAUUAAUUUCUGAAUUGAUUGAACUACUGUUAUGAGUAACAAACAACAGCAUGAUGUAAACCAUAUAUAUAUAUGAAAUGGCUGUUUGAACCUAGUUCAUUACUA